AUGAAAACUGCAUUCACUCCAUUGUUCAUUAAUAUAAGCGGGAUUGCCCCUCUUUCAACGUCAUUGUGGAUGUAUAACUGUAAAGUUACUAUUGAUGAACCUUUAGGCUGGGCAGUCAAAGAACUUAUUGUUAGGAAUAACGAUAUUAGAUAUCUCGAUGUUGAUAUCGUAUGCCCUGUCUAUAAACUAACAUCCCUAUUUCAUCUCGAUUUGUCGGAUAAUGGAUUGGAAAUGGUGCAUCCCACUGUGUGUUUACCAAAUUUAGAAAAAUAUGUUUUGUCUAACAACAAAAUGUUCAGAAUGCAAGAAAAAAGUCGAAACCUCUUCGGCAAGUUGUUUGUUUCACACAGUAAACUUCGUGAGAUAAAUUUAUCAAACAAUCGUCUUUUAGAGAUUCCUAAAAAGAUGUUCAAGCACAAUAAAUUACUUAAAAGAAUUGAUCUCUCAUUCAACCAACUUCAGCAAUUACAAUUUGAUUUGAUGGAACUGUAUCAUCUUCGUACGUUAGACGUUAGUAACAAUAACAUAAAGGUUCUAGACGAGAUAUCCAUCAAUAGCCUAGAUGGACUUCCUAGCUUAGGUCCACACAUUCAUGUGAACAAUCGUUGUUUAGUGAAAAUGAAAUCAAACCCAUUUCUUUGUUCAACAUGCGCCUGCAAGUCUUCCAUCCAAUGGCUCGUUAGUUUAACGAAGUUGAAUAUUGAGCAACUCGACUUAGUUUGCAAGACUGAAGAUAAAACUUUUCGAAAUAUCGAUGAAUCAGUUACAAAAAGAAUUCAGAAUAUUUGUAAUAGAAAAAUUAUCAUCAUUAUAUCGACUGUAUGCACAAGUGUUACACUUAUGGCAGUUUGUAUAAUAGGUAUUAUUUUACACAGAAGAAAGAGAAGGCUCAAGCGACAACGGAACAUGGAAAAUGUUUUAGCCAGGUUAAUAGAAGGUGAAGGACAGUACGAGUUUGUUGCUUUCCUAUCACACAGCAGUAAUGAUUACCAAUUUGUACAAGAUCACGUGAUUAACCAACUAAACGAGAAUCUUAAACUGAUCAUUGGAACGGAUCGUGAUCUUAUAUGUACUGGAGAUAAAAAUUAUCGUCCUGGCUUUACGGUUCAUGAUGAAACAGAACGAUGCUUAAACAGAGCUUCCGUGGUCAUACUUCUUGUGUCGGACAACUUUUGUCGUAGUCAAUAUUGCCUAAACGAGUUUGAUAAAGCAUAUUUACUGGGUAAACCCGUCGUUUUGAUGCUGUUUGGAAAUGUAGACGAGGAGAUAAUGAUGCCUACGUUGCACGGCUUAUACAAGAGAGACGCCCGCAUUCUUUGGAAAAUUGAAAAUGGACAGUUUGUACUGAAUACCACGUGGGAAAAUAUAUGUACUUCGCUGCUGGAAAAGGUUCCUGCGUAA